AUGAGGCAAAAUGUUCUUAUUAUACUUGUUUUUCCUUUUCUGCAUUUCCCAUGGGUUUCCUUUUCACACCGCACAUGGCAGCAGGGGAACGCCUUAACACAUCACCAUAGCAGAAUUUGCCUUUAUCAUAGGGGAGGAAGGGCUCACCCUCUUGUUCUUUUUGUCCAUGGCGUGGGCAUUCAACAGCACCUUUUACUCGGUGGCACGCGGCGCCAUGUCAUGAGGGGAACGGGGAAGGGUCAUCUUUGCGGAAUACCUUUCAAACCCAUCUUACCCAGCGUUAAAGUAGGGAAAGCAAAGAGUUUUCCACUAUUCCCAACCCCACUCAUUUUAUAA